AUGAAAUCCUUCGUCGCCUCUCUUCUAUCUGCGCUGUCACUCGGCGUCGUCGCACCGCCACGCCCUGCAGAUUGGCGUCUCGACUUUGGGCCGUUCGAGGCCACCGUUGAAACGGUCCAUGCUGCACUGCUGACCCGAAAAGCGACGUGUCGAAGCAUUGUAUCCGCGUUUCUGGCCCAGACCGAGACGUUCAACCCGCGCGUCAACGCCAUCCUCACCCUCAAUCCUACUGCGCUGCGCACCGCCGAUGCCCUCGACAUCAUACUGCGAGACAAACUCGCUGGCCGGCAUGAAGCAGAGCUGGAGCUCUCGGCUGUCUGGCGCAAUGCCUCUGCCACGGCGUCUACGAUGGGCCUCCCGCCGUUGUUCUGCAUACCCACGAUAGUGAAAGACAACGUCGAUACCGCCGACAUGCCCACCACUGGGGGCUCUCUGACCCUCUCGUCCCUUCGUCCCGACCGCGACGCUCCUGUACUCACGAACCUACGCAAGGCCGGCGCAAUUCUGCUGGCGAAGACGAACAUGCACGAGCUGGCACUCGAAGGCAUUUCUGUGUCUUCGCUUGGCGGGCAGACAUUGAAUCCUUACGAUCUGUCGCGCACGCCGGGCGGCAGCUCGGGCGGGACGGGUGCCGGUCUUGCCAUGGGUUUUGGGGUGCUGGGAGUGGGCACGGAUACCAUGAACUCGAUCAGGAGCCCGGCCAGCGCGUGUGGGGUGGUGGGGAUGAGGCCUGGGCUAGGCAUGCUAGACACAGACGGUGUGAUGCCGGUGUCGUGGAGCCAGGAUGUUGUCGGGCCGCUGGCGAGAGACGUGCGCGAUGUAGUUGUCAUGCUGGGAGUGAUGGAGGGCAAGGGCGUGGAUUAUACCACAGAGUUCGGGCCGGAACAUCAGGCAGACUUCAGUGGCCUGAAUGGCAUGCGGUUGGGCGUGGUCGAGACAUUCUUCGAUCGCACAUCUGCAUCGUCUGACCCCGGUGUCUCUGCCGUGAACAACGUCGUGGAGUCGAUGCUUGCCAGACUGCAUGCCGCAGAGGCUACCCUGAUUCCUAUCACAAAUGCGCUCCUCAACUCCACGGUGAUUCACUCGACCAUGGACCGUCAGGUUUACGAGUUCCGCCAGGCAAUGGAUGCCUAUCUUUCGUACCACCACAGUACCACUUCUCCUGACAUUCCUGCGUCCCUUGCUGCUCUCUAUUCUGCUGGGUCCCAGUUUCUCCUACUCCCCAACCAGCGCGCCCAACUCACUCAGUCAUUCUACUCGUCCCCUCAAAAUAUGUCAUAUGCCACACGCAAAGCGCUCGCCUCUGAGGUCCGCAGUGCCGUGCAUUCAAUAUUUAGCACAUAUACCCUGGAUGCGCUCAUUUACCCACACCAGACCACCCUCGCCGUACCAGUUUCUUCUCCCUCGCAGCGGGGCAGAAACGGCAUCCUCGCUUCGGUUACAGGGUUUCCAGCUAUUUCCUUGCCGGCCGGAUACUCUUCGCGCACUGGGGGUGCAAGAGCGGGCGUACCGGUGGGAGUGGAAGUGUUGGGCCUACCAAGGUCGGAGAAACAGCUGCUGGAAUUGGCCGGGAGGAUUGAACGGGUUAUUGGCGGGGAAAAAAGAACGCCACCAGUCCUUUGGGAUACGAAGAGAAAAAACAAAAGGUAUUUUAAUGUCCCGGUUAUUGCGCCGAACAGGAAGAACAUCCCGAAAGCGUAUUCGCUUGGGGUGUGGUAG